CAGCAGCAGCAGGUAAUCUAGAAGGCUGUGUUUGCAUGAUUAACAUACAUAUUACGAGGCUGUACGUGCACUUUGUGUGAAGCGCGAUAUUCAUUGCAUACGAAUAACGAGUUCCUGUGCGUUCGUGACGAGCACGAGUGCGAAUUCGCGAGUGAAAUAUGUGCGUACUGUGCUGUGGGCGCUCGUGACUGGCUUUCUUCCCGUCCCCGCAAGCAAGAGACAAGACACGCUUGGGUCGCACACGCAGCAGCAGCAACACCAGCAGCAGUAGUUGGAUUGCCGUGUCUCCUUUCCAUUCUCGCUUCCUCGUUCCUGUCGCCCCACCUUCCCCACACGACAUACGCAGGUACACACACCCACGAUUCAUUUCCUCAUUACCAAUAAUCGUCAUAGUUUGGUCGUGAUAUCGUCGGCCGCAGGCGUUGCAUCUCCCCCACAGGCUGUAGGAUGCGCUGCGGUGACCAUGGUUUGCUGUGACAGAGCGGCGCUUCACAAUAACACGGCUGCACAUCGCCACCGCCACCGCCCUAUUUGCGACCACACACGGCUGCUACGGUCGACGCAGAAGAAGCAGUAGCAGCAGAAGAGCAGCAUCAUACAUAUAAAUAUAUGCGUAUAUAUAUGCAAGCAUAGAGAUACAGUAUACAUAUAUAUCUAUAUUGACUAUACGGGCGACGUAUAUUUGGGCACACCGACGGAACCGGGAGACGGCAUACGACAUAGAGUUCAGCACCUCGAUUGAUUCUUCGAAAGAGAGGGCUACGCAUCUGUGUAACCUGUAAACGUUUGCAUCAUGGCUGUGUUCUUAGUUAAUGUCUGCAAGUUUAACCAUUGCGGCCUAACGUUCCCCAGCCUUCCGGAUCUGAUACAGCACAUAGAGAGUACGCAUAUAGGCCAAAAGCUACCUGACAUUGAUGAACCAUCGCAGUCGAUAUGUCUUCCGUUCAGCUAUGUCCAGCGGUAUGUCCCGGUGGACAAUCGUCGCGAGAUCAACGCUUUGGCUGUGGCAAGCCCAACGGGCAACGGUGCCGAUCAGAGCGACACAACGGAAGGGAUUGGAACAGCGAACCCCACUAGCGUCCGAUCGGUAACACCGGUCUCAACAGCCAACACUACGCCGAAUCAACCAGCCAGCCCGGAGGAUCAUGCCAGCGUCCAGCCUGGUCCUAGUGCUAGUGGCAGCACUGGCAUUGGUGCUGGUGGCCCCCGCACCAAUACGGACUUUUCCGGUGGUACUGGUAGUGGUGGUGCUGCUGGUUCCAGCGGGUCUUCUUUGCCAUCGACCAGUACCAACGGUACUGCAACGGUCUCUACCGAAAGCACUAGCAAAGCUGUGGCUCCCGGUAGCAGCCAGAAUUCCGGCGAUCUCAAACGCAAAAUAGUUGUGAAGGGAGUCCACGCCUACACUAUGGUGUCAUCCAACCGAAGCACUACGCCUACAGGGAGUGAAAUGGACGAUGAUGAUAUGAUCGGAUCAGAGUCGGAGGAUAGUAAUGAUUCGUGGACCACCGAGGAGUUUAGUUCGGAAUUCAUAAUGCGCUAUGGAAGUCGGCGAGUAUCCACGUCCGGUGGUCACGGUAUUAAUGUGGCGAACGAAAAACCCUUUGCCUGCCCGGUGCCUGGAUGCAAGAAGCGGUACAAAAAUGUUAACGGCAUCAAGUAUCACUCCAAGAAUGGUCACAAAAAAGAUGGAAAGCGCGUACGCAAAGGUUUCAAGUGUUUCUGUGGCAAAAGUUACAAAACAUCGGUGCGGAUGCGCAAUCACAACCAGAUCGCCCAUCCACAGGGUACCUCGGGUGAUAGCAUGAUGACAACCACGCAGCAACCUGCUCCUACUACCAGCCAACCAGCGCUGGCCGCUGCUUCUAGUGGUUCUCCAGUAGUGUACACUGCUGGCAUCCCGGUAUCGUUGACGCUAUCACAAGCGGCACCCUUUGCUACCAAUAGCACUGGUGCUGGUGGUCACAAGCCAACGUCACCGCAAUCGAAUCAUCAGGUACCCGCUGUGAACUCGUCUAGUCAAAUCAGCCGUAACCCCACUAGUCCGACGGCGCUCACCAUCACGCAGCAGUUGAUAAACAUGAUACAAAGCAGCAGCAGCAUUCCCACCACUACCACCGCCGCAGCUGCAGUAACUGCCAGCGGGGCUACUGUUGCCAUCGUCAGCACCAUUGCUUCAUCGCUGUCUGGAACUGGCACUGGUAGUACGGCCUCGAGUGCAAGCAUCGGAAAUUCAUCCAGCUCUUGCAACGGGAUGUCGACGAUAGGAGGGGGAACUGGCUUUCCGUCCUCCACCAUAAUGCACACCGUCGCCGCUGCCGGUUCCAGCAUUAAGUAUGACAAUCUUGGGAUCCUCACACCGGCCACGUCUCCGAAGCUUAUGGCCGGUGUCAACGCAUCGGACAGUAGUGGUGGGUCCCAUGCUCAUCCGACCAAUCCAUCUCACCUGGGCGUUGCUGUGCCAGCGACCAAUGGUGGUGGUACCUCACCAACCCCGCAGGGAGGUGGUAGUGGUGGUAGUAGUGGGAGCGUGAGCAACACGGUCAACACGACACCCGCUUCAGCUGGACCGGGCGGAGGACAAAUCACAGCGGUUGGUACGAAUGGUGGACACACUCCUGUUACCAACGGCGGUGUCAGCGGCGGUGUCAGCGGCGGUGGUCCGGCCUUGUGCGAUGGUGGAGCGGACGGAGCACUCGGCAUAGCCCUCGUCGUGUCCAAUGUGGUCGGUGAACAAUUGAACGUCGGUAACGGUAGUGGAAACGUCGGCAGCGGCGCUGGUGGCACCGCCGGUGGCGGAGGAACGGUCAUGCUAUCGGCAUCACCAGCAACUAGUCAAUUAUACGGCGAAGGAACGUAGCCGAUACUUAAGAACUUACUGUUACGCAAGUAUUGACUGGCCGAGGGUACCUGUCCUUUUAGUAAUUAGUGUGUCUAACUAGCGCGGAAUAUGUAAACGGUACGUUUUGCUCGCUUCCGAGGCUAAGCGUCCAUCUGUGGACCCCAGCGUGCAUCCAGCCCUAUAUUUUAUUUUUCUUGGUUUCCUUCAUAUUAUGCAUUAUUAUCCAGUUCGCAGCAAGCAUUUACGUUGUUUUCUUUUCGAAGAAACUGUUUCGUAGACUAGAUGAUGUAGCAGGCGUAAUCUUACAUCACAAACAAACAAAAAUUGUAAUUAUUUUUUCUCGCGAACUCAAAAUCUUCAAUAUUGGUGAAAAAGGAAGUGGAGGCAACACAAUUUUCACAUUAUAACCAAAUAUCUGGGUUGAAAAUCCUUAUCCCCAUCAAUCUAAUAAAUUAAUGUAUCUCUA